UAAACAAGAUCGUCAUGUCGGGUCAUAGACUGUUUGUGUUUAGUGUGCACAUGUUUGCACUAAACAAGAUUACACAAUGGUACAAUGAUCCUGGUCGUUCUCUUGCUGCAUUGAUUUGAUCAAUGAGGAAUACCACGUAUCGGUACAGGAUAAUUUAUCAGGCGCUCCAUUACGGAACGCUUCAAAGAUUAGAACCAGAACCAGCUCAGGAAAGGGUUUCAAGCGCCCCGUUGCGCCCAUCUACGCCCCAGAGUUAAGGUACUAAGGGAGCGAGGACGAGGAUCAAGUACAUGAAAAUUUACCACAUGCUCAAUCAGCCAGACUUUAAUCUUUGAAUCAGCAUGGCCAUUCGCCAAAUUGACGUGCCGCGGUUUAAAAAGUAUAUUUGUAAGGGAGUUCCCAAGGAAUGGGAUACACCACAUGCGGGGGGAUUAACGGAAUCAACCUCUCUAUCAUAUAUUAAGGGCCCGGAGAUGACCUAUUCUCCAAGAAUUUUGUCGACGACGGGAGAUCUUACGAAGCAGCUGGAAACUCUUGGCGGCAAUGCUCCAUUAUCUGGUCCACAGGUCGAGUUCCUUAUACGGUGCUGUCAGCGGAUGAGCGAACCAAUGGUGAAUGGUUUUCAGCCGGGAUUUUUAUUGGGUGAUGGAACAGGGGUUGGAAAAACUCGCGAGAUUGCUGCAUUGUUCUGGGAGCUUUACGUUGGCAUGAAAGUCAAAAAGGCUGUUUGGCUCUCAACUUCGUCCGAGUUAUCCUACGGGGCAAUCCAGGAAUUGGACUUUAUAGCCAAGCUUAUCGGGACUCGCACCACGCUUUAUGUACGUGUAAAAGGAAAAAUCCUAGAGUUCCAGAUUGGCAAUUCAGAUGAUAAUCAUGACGAAAAUGAUGAUGAUACGGAAGAAGAAGAGGAGGAACAGGAGGAGGAGGAGGACAGUCAGGAUGGGGUCGAGUUUAAUGAUGCUGACGGGGGUAUACUAUUUGCAACCUAUUCCUCAAUGGCCAACCCCGACAUUGAUGACUUUCUGGUAGACAAUGAUUUUGAUGGACUUAUCAUACUCGACGAAUGUCAUUUGGCCAAAGGAUACGACACUGGGAGGACAACCAUGGUUAAUGGUCGUCGAAGGAAAGGGUCCGUAACGGGCAGAAACGUUGCCAACAUGCAAAUUCGCUACCCACGGGCAAAAAUUUUGUACGCAUCCGCAACCGUUGGGACAGAGCCUUGUCAUUUGAAGUACAUGUCGAGGUUGUCGCUGUGGGGAGAGGGAUGUCUCUUCAACUCAAUGUCCGAGUUUAAUAAAAUAGUUGUCAAGUCGUGUGGAGUAUCCGUCACUGAGUUUCUCAUGAUUUAUCUCAAGUCGCGGGGCCGGUUCAUUGCAAGACAUUUACCACCGGUGCUGGACUGGAAGGUGAUUAUUCGAGACAUUACAGACCAGGACAAACUACUGUACAACGACUGUGUCGAGAUGUGGCAAGCCAUCCUUGCCGUCAUGAAGGACAACAGGCAACCAAACAUGGAUUCAGCAUCAAAAAAACUCGCUCGCAAAAAUGAUGGAAGCUACUGGGGAACUCAUCAGAGUUUCUUUUCUGCCUUGCUACUAAGCUUCAGUUUACCCUCAUUGGAAGAAAUAACUAAAGCCUACCCGCAAGAGGAUUGGGCCUAUAUCAUUACUCUUGCCUUUACGGGUCAAAAGGCCCUCUUGAGAGACUAUGCAUGUGUGGACUCGAAGCUACCUCCCUCUAUGACGCGGACAAGAUUAAAUGGUGCACUUGGUCUCGUUGGGUUGCGUUUCCUACCAAGUCUCAAGGAUGCACCAUUCAGCCAAGAUGAUGAUUCAUCAUCCUCCAUUAUCGCCUCACCCAUCACCACCACCACCAGCACUACAGCAGCAGAUACAGGAGGAGAGUUGCAAUGCGCUCAAGACUUAUUACACCAUCAUGAAACUACUACUAGUACGGGCCCUCAAACCAAGAUUCCUCGCUUGGAUUUCCCAGACUGCCGAAGCAGCAGCAGCAGCAGCAGCAGUAGACAGUCGUCAUCGCCUGAAGAAGAAGAUGAAGAAGGAUCAUUCGUACACGAGUCUGACCAAGGGCAGGUGGAUGAUCAUUGUCUUGAGGCAAGAAGAAAUGACCACGACUGGGAGCAUGUUCUAACUAUGUGUGGGGCUGACGUGCAAAUUAAAAAGGGGUUCACAGUUAGUGAGGACCAAAUCAGAUCCCUAAUCUCCAUGUAUCAAGCUCUGGAGGCUCGUUUGCCCACUACACCAAUUGAUUACCUAUUUGAAAUGUUUGGAGGAGAGGAAAAUGUAGCCGAAAUAACGGGUCGAACGAAUCGAGUUGUAGAUGGGGAAAUUGUUAGUAGGAAAAUCGAUUGUAUCAAACAACAAAAGAGAUUCCAGAAUCAAGAGUGUAAUGUGAUCAUCCUGUCUGACAAGGGCUCAACUGGCAUCAACCUCCACGCCCAGGUGACUGAAGCAAAUCUCACCCCAAAGAAAAGGCUUCACAUUUGUGCAGAGCUCCCAUGGUCGGCAGAGAGAACUACUCAGGGAUUCGGGCGGACCCAUCGAAGCGGAGAGAAAUAUCCUCCAAGUUACAAGAUCCUAACCACGAAUGUUCCCGGACAGUUGCGCUUUGUCGUGAGCAACGUGGAGCGUCUGGCCAAACAAGCUGCGAUAUCAAGUGGAGAUCGGGUUGGGGUUGACUUGGACACUUGUCUCUCCAUCGAUGCAAAAGUAUCAAAUCUGGCGUGCCGUAAGGUGAUAAGUGAGUUUGUGGCACGGAUAGAGCGCCACGACAUGGUUGAAUAUGCACAGGAUGCUUACGCAACAGGACUUGUGACCAAGGGGGACGACGAGAAUGAUGGUGGUGGUUUGGGGAAACCAACGGUCGGGAGAAACUCAAAAACCUUGGCAAAAGUAUACAACCGUGUGCUUGGAAUGAAGAUUGACACUCAAAAGUACUUUCACGCCUUAUUCACCUGCGCCGCCCAGACCGAGUUGGAUCAUGCAAAAGAGAUUGGUCAAUUUGACCAUGGUUUGAAACUUGUUAGCUUCUUGUGUAAACUAAAAAGCAACCCCAAGUAUGAUGUAAUCUACCCGCUAAGAAGUGGUCAAGUCAGCCUCUGGACCAUACUUGUAGAUAGGGGACUCCCAUGGAAUAAGUUACAACUCGUUGUUAAUGACUCUCCUAGUGCUAGUGUCGACUACUACAUCAAGGGAGAAAAUCAAAUUAUUUGUGCAAUAAAACACAGGAAAAACUCGACAAAGCUUCGAUUGUAUACUCCUUAUAAUGUUGAGCAUCGUCUAGUUGAUGCUGACCAUAUUCAACGAUUCAAUUGGAAAAAGCUGGACUGUCCCGUUGAGGCGAAAACAUGGUGGAAUAGGAUCUUGUCAAUGACUGCAAAGCUAAACACUUGCCACCACAAAAUGCUUGACAUCGAGUCCCCCCUUUGUUCGUCCAAAUGUGAGGAUGGAGUUCGAUGCGCUAUUCGACAUGUCAUUGUGGGAGAUGUCAUUUCCGCAUGGCACGAGCUCACCACUGUCCUUAGUGCGUGUCCUCAAUCCAUCUUUAUGACCGUCUUUAGGAAACGGGAUGACGGAAAAUCUGAUCCCAUAAACCAAGUGGGAGUAUUGAUUCCAACCAACGCGGUUGACGCAUUGCAAGAGGCUCUGGCAAACAGGGUCCGGCAUGACGAGGAGCAACCCUACCUCUCUCAAGACCCAAAUGAUGAUGAUGAGGAUGAAGAUGGCGACGACGAGGCGGAGGAUGAUGAAGCUGUCAACUUUAACCCGCAAACGUCAGAAUCCGAUUACUCGACCAGUGAAUCCGCUAGUGGGGAUGAUGAUGAUGACGGGUCAGAUUGCGACGAAACAAUUGACGAUGAAACAAUGUCCAUUAAUUCAGAUGAGGAUACAGACUAG